UGGGACGGCUCUUUGGGCAAGUGGACAUAUAAUGGUAUGAAGAAUAUGCCACAUGACAUUGAUUCAGAUAGUGAUGAGAAUGCGAGUGAUGAUGAUGAUGAACGCUGUCCCAGAAGGAGCAAAAGACUAGCAUCCUUGACACGUAGACUUGACCGAAGGAUGGAGCCAUGUAUGCCACUGCCUGUGAAAGAGGACGAGUUGCAGGAGCUGGUUUCCAUGGCAAAAGACUGGGCCCUCACUCACGGAAACACUAUGCGCACUGCAGACAGACCAACGUCAUCAGAAGUAACUAAUUAUGCCCCUUUUCUGCUUCUGCCUUCACCAUUCCCAGAGCGACUUUUUCACCAAGCAUGCGCAGUGCAGCAAGACUUUAAUCUUCUCUAUCACCGAGUAGCACACGACCAUGACUUUCUGCAGUCAACUCUCCAGAGUGCAAUUAAAGUGGAUGAUUUCACCAAGAGAUUGUGGGACAUUUAUGAGACAGUGAGAAAGGAGGGAAUUAAACAGCCUGUGAGUCUUGCUAUCAACAGAAAUGAUUUUAUGACUGACUCUCAGGGUCGCACCCUCUCCACCCCGGAAGAUGUGAACACCCUGGGGAUCAAAGAGGUUGAGUUUAACACUAUAGCUUCAAGUUUUGCUGGUCUAGAAACUCAAGUGGGGCUUUUCCACAGGUUUAUACUUGAAAGAUGUGGUCUGGCAGACAAGGUCAACAAGCUACCUGCUAAUACAUGUGUGCCAGGAAUAGCUGGUGGUAUGGUCCAGGCUUGGGAACUGUAUGGCAACACAGAAGCGGUGAUAUUGUUUUUGACGGAGACUGUUUCGAGAAACAUAUUUGACCAGCGCUGGCUGGAGUGGGGAAUAUAUGAAAUCAACAGCAAGGUGAAGGUCCUCAGAAGGAGUUUCGAUCAAGUUUACAGAAAGUCGCAGCUCACUGAGGAUAACAAAUUAAUCCUUGAAGGUCAUGAAGUUGCUGUAGUCUACUUCAGAUGUGGAUACUCCCCGAAUGACUACAUCACAGAGGAGGACUGGACAACCAGGCUAAGGAUAGAAAGGUCCACUGCCAUCAAGUGUCCCAACAUCUACUAUCAUCUGGCAGGUGCUAAAAAGGUACAACAAGAGCUUGGCAGGCCGGGAGUGGUGGAACGGUUUAUACAGGACUCUGAGGCUGUGAAGAGAAUUAGAGCAACUUUUGCUGGCAUGUACUCCCUGGAAAGGGAUGCUGAGGGUGAUGCCGCUGUUGCCAUGGCAAUGGAGAAUCCAUUCAAAUAUGUUCUCAAACCUCAAAGGGAAGGUGGAGGAAAUAACUACUUCGGAGAAGAUGUCAGAAAGGUGUUGGAGCGUGUGCUAGACAGUGAUGAAAGAAUGGCAUACAUUCUGAUGGAGAGGAUCCAUCCUGUGCCUUUCCAGAACUACGUACUGCGUGCUGAAUCUCCUGUACAACCCAAUACCAUGCUCAGUGAAUUGGGUGUAUAUGGGGUGCUUAUUGGGACCUCUGACCGUAUCAUCACUAACAAACAGUGCGGGCAUUUACUGAGAACCAAAACCUCGGACACCAAUGAAGGGGGCGUGGCAACAGGCUACUCUGCUAUAGACAGCCCGUAUUUAGUAUGAUGCAACAGAACUUUCUGUAUACUGUCAUUAUCUUGUAUAGCAGGAGAGAUCAGAUAAUGUUGUUAACUACUGUUAAUUUUAGUAUAAAAACGGGAUAGAAUACACACUACUAUAAACAGUACUUAUUUUUAAAAAAUUGAUCGAAAUCAUCAUGGUUUAUUUAGUACUUACUGGUGCUGAAUGGGGAAACUGAUGCGGAUUUAAAGUCAAACAAUUGUUUUUUUCUCAGGGUUUCUGAUGUUACUUUGGACCAUUUACUGAUCUGAAAAUAUCACUGUAGUGAACAAUGCUAAAAACAUUCCUAUUUAUAAAGGGAUCAUAACACACUAACUCAGUAAGACAAACAUAAAUAUGUAGCAUUGCCAAUAGAAGUAAAAAGCAAGAAAAAAAUGCAUUUAAUCAGCCAGAAAUGCAAGACGAGUUCUGGAUAAGCAUCACUGCCAUAUUUCAAAAAUCAAGUUAACAUGUCUAUUGUAAUAUUGUUCCUUGCUGGAGGUGCUUCACCCCGAGUGAGGUGCUGGUGUAAAAGAUCCGGUUGGUUCAAAAUGUAAAGCUUUAAUAAAAGGGAAAAUG